GUCUGGAGGAAGGAGGGUAGAUCGAGCGUCCUUGUGUGCGAACUGUGAUCGCUUUCGUGUCAUGUUGGUAGAAAAUUUUUGUAAAUCACGCUUCUUUUUGUUGUCGCUGUGGAUUGAAUGCACUCCUUGAUACAGGAUGAGUGGAAACAGAAAGGAAACGACGAGUGCUCGUCCGCCCAUAGAAGAGCCUCCAUAUUUGGCUGUUGGGACUGAAGUUAGUGCAAAAUAUCGGGGAGCUUUCUGUGAGGCAAACAUCAAGUCUGUUAAAAAGUUGGUGAAAUGCAAGGUGAAUUUUGAAAAUGGUGGUGGCAACAGUACAGUUACAGAUGAUUGUGUCAUUGGUAAAUUGAAAGUUGGUUCUGAUGUGAAGGUGAAAGUUCCAGAUGGUGAAGACAUGGCUGGCACUCUGGUGAAGAUCACCGAUUCAAGCUCCUACACUGUUGUAUUUGAUGAUGGAGAUGAACGAACCUUGAAAAGAACAUCACUCUGUAUCAAGGGUGAAAAACACUUCAAUGAAAGUGAAACUCUAGACCAUUUACCGCUUACAGACCCGGAAAACUUUGGGACACCGGUUGUUCAGCAAGGGAAAAAGUCAAGAAAAGGGAGACGAAGUUCACUUAGUUUGGAUGAUAGCAAAGAUGAUGAAGAAAUGCCUGCCCGGAAGAAAUUAGACAUCAAGAAAGAAGAAAAUGUAGAUAAGGUGGUUAUGAUUGAAGUUACUGAAAAAAAGAAGACCUUCCUACUUCCAUCAUUGCUUUUGAGCUCAACUGAUUCACAGAGUGAAGUAAAAAGUCCUGAGAAUGUUCUCGUUAGAUCAUUUAAAGAUGGCAAGCACAUUGAAGUUCAUCCAAAGGAUGUUAAAGAUUUUUCAAAAGAAAGUAUUUUGAAUUCCACAUUAGCGAAGGGAGGAAAUCCAGCCAUAAAGUCAGCUGUUGAGCUUGCGGUGAAAUAUAUUGAAACAAAGCAGUUGCCAAGCGACUGGGACGAAGAAAAACCAGGUGAUUUAGAGAAGAAUGAAAGUAGCGAUAAUUCUUCAGAAAGUGAGCCAGAGUCGGAUGGUGAUGAGAAUGACAGGAGUGAAUUUCUUCAAAAGCUGAAUAAGUUUCUUGGAGAAAAAGGCACUCCUCUUCUUCGCUCGCCAGUCCUGGGCCAUCGAGAUCUUGAUUUGUAUAAAUUGUUUAAAAUUGUUUCCAAAAUGGAUGGCAUGGACAAGGUGGAAUCUUGGUAUACGGUUUACAAAAAGAUGAAUAUUCCUAUAAUUACAACCACAGCUUGUUACCACAUUAAGAAUGCUUACAAAAGAUAUUUAUAUGAUUAUGAAGUGCACGCUCGUGAGGAGAGCAAAGAAGAGAAAACAAAGAAGCCUGAUAAACCUUCAGACGGAAGCACAUCUAAAAAUACAGCCAACGAGGAAGACGAGACGCCUGUCGGGUCUGAUUCGGAAAAAGACUUGAAAGAAUUACUUCAACUUUCUGAAGAUGAGAAACUACUUUCUCAACGCAGUGCAAAUGCAAAGAAAGGGAGGGCUAAAAGAAAAACUAGGACUAACCGAAGCAAAUCUCUGAGGUCUCCAAGUUCCCCGGGGUUAUCCCCCCUCUCCCCAUCCUCCCCCAAGUCCAUCAGCUCAAUUAGCGCGUCCGAGUCCACAGGGUGCCCAAGCCCUGCGGAGAAUUAUUGCAAUGUGCGGGGUAAGAUCGAUUUGGCCCUUGGGAAAAGCAGUGAAAAGAGUUCUACCGAUGGGGAUGAUCUUAGAGAUAGGAAAUGUGAUUUGCCUAGUAAAGAGAUUGAUAGUAAAGACAAUUUUAAUAGUAAGACGAAAAAGGAAAAUAAGAUAUAUAAAGAAAGCGAACUUGUGGUUAAGCUAGAGAAUUUGGCGAAUGUGGAGAUGAGUAAAACGAAUGUGGAGAGAAGUAAAGAAAAUGGAGGUAAAACUGUGGAUGACUCGACAAAUAUUGCUGAAUCUACUGGUAAGAAAGAUGCUUUAUCGAAAGAGAAUGAGAAGCUGGAGUGUAAGAAUUCCGAGAAAGAAAGUAAUAUAAAGAAAAAUAUAAAAAAUGAGGAGAAUUUGAAGGACGAAAAAAAUAUUCAAGAUGGCGGAAGUCAUGUGGAUGAAGGCGGCGGUGAGGACUCGGAUGAUAGUGGGGAUAAAACUGUUGCUAUGGAUACAGAGACGGAUAACCAGGGGCAAGAAGGGACAGAUGUGGAGGAUGCGGUCGAUGUCGUGAAUAGUCCGAGCAGCACGUCGGAUACGGUCGACAGCGAUGAUCGGAACGAGCGGAAGACGGACAAGAAAGGGAAGCGGAAAGGGGAGGGAAAGACUGGGGCUAAGAAUGAUGACGUCAGCGAUAGCCCCGACGGUUUGGAGUAUAAAUUGAAUGAACGGAUUGAUGUACGAUAUGGACGAGGAAGAAAUGCGACCAUUUAUCAUGCAAAGAUUACCUGUGUUGAUCCUAAUGCCGAAGAAGGAUUGGUUUACUUGGUUCAUUAUCAAGGAUGGAAUGCAAGACACGACGAAUGGAUUGGGCACGAGCGAAUCAUCGGACGAGGUGUUAAACAAACCAGAACGCGAACCAUCAAAGAGCCUUCUAAGAGCUUGAAACCAGCGGCGAAGCCCCCGAAGCAGGCGCCCAAGCCGACCCCGACCACCAAGAAAAACGGUAAGAAUGGAGCGGGGCAUGUUAAACCAUCCGUUGGGGUAAAGGCUCGCAAAAGGACGCCCUCGCCAACGACGAAUGCCGGCACUUCGGGUAGAAAUGGCAACGGCAGAGCGUGUAAGAAUCGCAAGGAUAACGCCAGCGAGAAGACAGAAUCAAGCUCAGAAGUAAAAUUCCCCGCUCGAGUGACGAGACGAAAUUCGCUCACCUUGCCAUUGGAUACUUCUGAUCAAGAUUUUCUUGAUCAAAAAAGUCCGGAUAGCAAAGCUGAUAGCGAGAAAGAAUCGGUGCCCAGUCCACCUCGGGCUCAGCGGAGUGCCAGCCAACAUGCUAAGUCGCCAUCACCCAAACGUCACCUCGAGAAGACUUCGGACUCGGCAGCGAGCACGGAACAAAAGCUGGGCAAUGUGAACUCGGGAGAGAACACUGCGAAUGAAAAGAAUGGUGACGCAGGUCAGGAGGGAACUGUUGAUAAGGAAGCCAGUGCGAUGGAUGUUGACAGCAAAGACGACGAGGGGAAGUCUUUGAAACGACCUCGCGAUGAUGAAACCGAAACCUCAUCACUGGAUUCUCCUCCAAGUAAAAAGAAACCCGAGGACAAGGACUCUUCGGCAGAGGACGUGUUCGAAACUGCUCCCGAGCGCUCGAGCAAGGAGACGAACGAGUCCGAGGCGACAGCCGACGAUGCGAGCGGCCCCGACUUGACGUGUUCCGAGCAAUUGCCGACCAACUGUGCUUCGCCCGAUCCCUACACAGCAGAUUUCCCAGAAAGUAGACCCUUUUACAGGAAUGGCGUGGUAGCCGGUGCUGAAAGCGGCAAUGGCUCGAAGGAAAAGGACAGUUCUUCGUCAUUAGAUGAAGCAAAGGUCGAGAAACCGGUCACAAGUCGCAAGACAAAGUGUCGACGUGACAGGAAGGCCAGGGCGCCUAGUUCUCAGUCUUCCGUAGACACUGUUGAAUGCCCGAACGGUACCACAAAUGGUCCCACUGUGACAGUGAUGUUGUCACCCUCAUGGACACCUAGGUACAAUUUCACCGAGGAUUUAGACGAGUUAUUGAAAAAUGAGGAGAGCUCAGAAAGAAUACGUCUGCUGACGGAAAAAAUUAAAGAUAUUCGUAAAGUUUAUGGCGAAUUAAAGUCUGAAGUUGCAAAUAUUGACAGAAAGAGAAAAAGAAGGCAAAAGAGGAAACGAGAAGAGGAACUUUCUAACGAAGAGAACGCUACUAGGUCGCCCUCACGUUCAUCACCGCUGACCACGACAAGCGCAGUCUCGUCCGCCAACUCGAUGGCUGCCGUCGAGUGUAGAUGAUGUAAAAUAGCGGCAGGAAAUUUUAUCAAUUGGAAGAUUUUAUUUAUUUCAAAGCAUGAAUCUGUAUCUAUAUUGAACUGAAUCAAGGUGACAGGUUCGUAUUUAUAAUGAUGCAAUUUCCGCUCACCCUGUGUGAAAAAAAGGAACAAUUAAUAUAAUGUAUAUAUUGGGACUUUUUUUAAAAAAGGGCUCGAAGUUAUUCCCAAAUAGUUUAACAAACAAAAGUAUUACGUGAUUUUGACAAGUGAAUCUUUAAACACUUUGAUCCAAAAAAGGCGAAAGUUCUCCUACUCGUGCGGGCUCAAGUUGUCAGCGGGUACGUUCAGUAAAAGUAGGAUGUCGAGUGAAAUGCUGAGCCCUCUGAUUCUUCAUCUGUGAACGGCUGAAAAACUGAGCCUGCGGUAGUACAGAAAGUUUACCGAUUCUGUUCAGCGUGAAACAAGCAGGUAUUUUGGCAAUAUUCAAUACACAUUUGCCCAUCCAUAUAUGCCAUUUUGUCGGGACAAUUUUGGCUUUCAUUGGAUGUUAUUGGCAAAUGUUGAUAAUUGAUGAUGUCAUCUUGCUGACGUUGACCAUGUGUGUCACAAUUAUACAAACACCCUUCCCGUCAGAGUUCUUGCUUCGAGCCCUCGGGAUUAAUAGACCCUAACCUAACCGCGCCCAUAACAACGUAAUGAAACAAACUUUGAAAAGUCGACAACAAUGAAUUUGCGAGUUUUCGUUUUGAAAAUCUUCCAACCAAAGCUACAAUUCUUCGCUUAGUUUUCCAUCAGAAAUUGCCAGCUAGCGAUAUGCCCCGGCUAUUUAUAAAUAACUUUUUGGUAACUAAAAGUUUGUAGUUCAACAAAGGAAAAUUUCGUUUCAGAUCAAUCACCAAGUUUGUUUACAUUUUCAAUAACCCAGUCAGAAUGCAUAAUAUACCAUUUUACAUGAAGUAUGAAAAAUUUAGGUGUUCUGAUUGGCUUUCCCUGAAAAAUGUAAACAAAUAUGGCGAUUAUUUUCCCAUUUAUAAACUUGCCAUACAUUUUUCUUUCCACCCGACCGCCUUGUUUUCGUGUAUACAAUGUGAUCUACAUCUACAUUUUAUUAAAUUUCUCGGUUAAAACAACAUAUUAUCUCUUGAAAUAUUCUUUAUUUUGGUCUUAAGUUUAUUUCAGAGCUUAUAGUUGCUUCUAGUUGUUUGGAGUAUAGCUUGUAACCAAACAUACUAGUUUCAUGAAGAAUAACAAAAGGUAUAUCAGAUUACAUACCGCAGAAGGGAUUUCUAUUUCGACAACCCUGAUUAUGAGCUGAAUAUGAGCACAGUAACCUAGUAAUAUUGUAAUAAAUUAGAAAUUAUCCAGCCUACGAUUAGCAGAAUAAUUUGACACGGAAACGAGACUAUUGGGUGAAGAGAAUUAUCGGUUAGGCUGCUACAAUAAUAUUCCAAUCUCGCAUCUUUUUGUCGACAUUUCUGCUUAAAUUAAUGUCUAAUUUGUCAAAAUGGCCUUUUCUCUAUCGUUUCAACGUAAAUUGGACUAUAUAAAUUAAUAUCAAGGUGCUAUGCAUUUUUUAAAAUUAGUUUUAUUGUAAGAUAAAAUGAGCAGUAUUAUUAGCGACAACACAACCCGGUGAAAUUCUUGUGUUUUAUAAUGCCUAAUGUAAAUAUAAAUAUAUCUAUAUUUUCCACCUAUUUAAAGGUGAAUGA